AGCCACGUCAUUUUUGCUUGAAUGAGAAGUAUACGCGGCGUAUCUUCCAUAAAUAAUUGUCUUGUAAAAUAGUAAAACAUGAAUAUAUUCCGUUUACUCGGUGAUUUAGCCCAUCUCCUAGCUAUUAUAAUAUUAUUGCUCAAAAUCUGGAAAACGAGAUCAUGUGCAGGCAUAUCGGGAAAGUCGCAGAUUCUGUUCUCUGUUGUGUACACGGCGCGCUAUUUGGACUUAUUGACGACGUACAUUUCGACGUAUAACACUGUUAUGAAGUUGGUGUUCAUCGCUGCUUCCUACGCGACGGUGUACCUGAUGUACGUGAAGUUCAAGGCGACCUAUGAUCACAACCACGACACCUUCCGGAUCGAGUUCCUGUUGAUUCCCACAUUUGUGCUGGCACUACUUUUAAAUCAUGAGUUCACAGUCAUGGAGGUUUUAUGGACAUUCUCAAUCUAUUUGGAAUCAGUGGCUAUCCUGCCACAGCUUUUCCUGGUGUCCAAGACGGGUGAGGCAGAGAGCAUCACUUCCCAUUAUCUGUUUGCCCUUGGUUCAUAUAGAGCUCUCUAUCUCCUGAAUUGGGUAUAUCGCUACGUGGUUGAAGAUCAUUAUGAGCUCAUUGCUAUCAUUGCUGGAGUCGUACAGACGGUACUCUACUGUGAUUUCUUCUAUCUCUACAUUACUAAAGUAUUGAAAGGGAAGAAACUGCAGCUACCAGCCUAAAAUAAA